UUGGCGGACGCACGUCGAGGUAGAGAGAGAGCGCAUCAAUCCCAGUCGCGGCACCAUCCAACACGGUUGCCUCAUUUGAUGAACGAUUCCGGAAAUGCCAUUUCUGAGCACUGCGCCGGUGUCACGUUUUUCCUCUGGGUUUGUGGGGAUGUGGGCCGGGGUGGACCUGGACGCGGCUUUUGUCAUGCGCGCGAAGCACCUUCGAAGAUCGCCUCCCUCUGCAUGUUGGGGUUGGUUGGUAGGUGCGUGAAUGUGGGUGUGGGUUACUGGGUUUUGUGAUAUUUUGGAACACGCCGACGCUGUUAUCGACGUCGUGAAUGACGUAGUCUGGUGCCCCGGAGAUUAGCCUUGCAGUGGCAGGGUGAGAUCAGGCUAUCAGUUUACUGUUGAACAGUUGAGAGAAGUUUACCAUGGCGAAUUACUUGCUACAUGGGACUUUGUAUGUCCAUAUUCACGAUGCCCAAAACAUCGCGUCGGGAGAGCACAAGGCGAGUAGAACCCCUGGGUUUUUCAAAAAGCUCAUCGAGACCUCGGAAAUGAUUUUGGGUAGAGGACCCCCUCAGUACUACGCCACCGUAGAUUUGGGCCCUACUAGAGUUGGGCGCACGCGUGUUUUGGCAACAUCGAAAGAUCUUAAAGAUCCAGUAUGGAACGAGACGUUUCACAUUUAUUGUGCCCAUACGGUGUCACAAGUGGUAGUUUCCAUCAAGGAUGCUUCCAUUGUGGGCACUACUGUUGUUGGUCGAGCAAAGCUUCCCGUGAUUGAGCUUCUCUCAGGUCAAAAGAUUGAUAGGCAGUAUGAACUCGUCAAUGAUCACUUCGGCCCAAUCAAGAAUGCAGGGAUUCGGUUUUCCUUGCAGUUUUUUGAGGCGAAUCGUGAUAAAUAUUGGGGGAGGGGUGUGCUGGACCCACUGAACCCUGGUAUACCGUUCUGUUAUUUUCCUCAACGUAAAGGUUGCCACGUGACCUUGUACCAAGAUGCCCACAUGACGAAUAAUUUCCUGCCUCCGAUAUACCUGGGCGACGGUCAAGUAUAUCAGCCACAUCGUUGCUGGGAAGAUAUCUUUGAAGCAAUUAACAACGCGCAGAGAUUAAUCUACAUCACAGGCUGGUCAGUUAAUACUGAGAUCAAGCUGUGUAGAGAUCCAUGGAGGCCCAGACCGGGAGACGAAGGUUUGACAAUCGGGGAGUUAUUGAAGAAGAAGGCUGAUCAGGGUGUUCGCGUGAACGUCAUGGUUUGGGACGAUCGGUCCUCGUUUUGGCUGCGUCAGACAGGUGUCAUGUCAACCCAUGACGAAGAAACGGCACUCUACUUCAGGGGCACGAAUGUGAACUGCUUCCUUUGUCCACGGGACGCCGACAGCAACUUGACUCUACUGCAGAAAUCACAAAUCGGAGGUCUUUUCACGCAUCACCAGAAGACCGUGAUUGUGGAUGCUGCUCUACCAGGGGCCAACCCUUUCUCCCCCGGACGCAGGAUUAUCAGCUUCGUGGGAGGUCUAGACCUCUGCGACGGCCGUUACGACGACCAGUAUCAUUCCCUGUUUCGCACUCUUGACACUGCUCAUAACCAGGAUCUCCAUCAGGUGUUUACAGAAGCCUCUUUGGCUUGUGGUGGACCUCGUGAGCCUUGGCAUGAUAUCCACUCCAGAUUGGAAGGUCCCGUUGCUUGGGAUGUUCUCUACAACUUCGAACAGAGGUGGAAAAAACAGGCCGGGCAUCACAGAGAAUCCGAUCUUUUGCCCAUCAAAGAGCUUUUGCCCCCUCCGGAGGCUGUCACCAGCGAGGAAGACCCGGAAACCUGGAACGUGCAGGUGUUCCGCUCCAUUGAUGCAGGGGCCGCAUAUGGGUUUCCGACUACUCCCGAGGGGGCUGCUGAGCUGGGCUUGGUGAGUGGGAAAGAUAUCACGAUUGAUCGCAGCAUUCACGACGCAUACAUUAACGCCAUCAGGCGUGCUCGGAAUUUUAUCUACAUUGAAAAUCAGUACUUUUUGGGUAGUAGUUUUGGCUGGGAUUCUAAGCAAGAGGCUGGCGCGUUUAACCUCAUCCCCAUGGAGAUCAUCCGCAAAAUUGUUAGCAAAAUCGAAGCUGGGGAGCGCUUCUGCGUGUACAUUGUGAUACCGCUCUAUCCCGAAGGCGUCCCCGACACCCAAUCCGUGCAAGCAAUUCUGGACUGGCAGAGAAGGACGUUCCAAAUGAUGUACAAAGAGAUCGCGGAAGCAUUGAGUGCGCAACGCAUCAUAGACCAGCACCCCAGAGAAUAUCUCACCGUGUUUUGUUUAGGAAACAGGGAGACGCAGCAACCGGGUGAGCUUGUGCCCUAUAAGAUCCCUCAAGACCCAUAUUACAGAUCUGCUCAGGUUAACCGCCGCUUCAUGGUUUACGUGCACUCCAAGAUGAUGAUCGUGGACGACGAGUAUAUAAUAGUGGGGUCGGCCAACAUCAACGAGAGGUCCUUGAACGGUGCGCGUGACUCUGAGAUUGCCAUGGGGGCUUACCAGCCUCACCACCUUGCAACCUACAGACCUGCAUUGGGUCAGAUACACGGAUUCCGAAUGUCAUUGUGGUUUGAGCACUUGGGUUGCUUGUACAAUAAUUUCCUGGAGCCACAGAGCGUGCAGUGCAUCCGCCAAGUGAACGAGAUAGCUGACAAGAAUUUGAAACUUUUCCUGCAAGAGGAGGUGGUGGAUCUCCCUGGACAUCUGAUGGCAUAUCCUUACUCCAUUGGACGCGACGGCUCCUUGGACUCUUACCCGGGCUGUGAGCGCAUCCCAGACUGCAGUGCCUUGGUGCUCGGCUGCACCGCCUUUACCCUCCCUGAGAUUCUCACCACUUAGAAAAAGCUUUCCUGCCGAGGUUUGGAAUUCCUCCCGGGAUCUGGAUUUCUCGAAAGCUAGUAUCUAUCUCCGAAAAACAGCGAAAUUGGGUACUCUUGUGAAUGAGGAGCAUUGUCCAGGUUGUCGUUAUUCAUUCAGUAGCUGUGACGAGAACUCUGGCAGUGAGCAGAAUUACAACCUGUGAUGACAUUAUUACUGUGUAAGUGUGUAGAAGAAAUCAUAAUUUUUAAUAGAAAUUCAACAGUGUAAGUGUAGAAAAAAUCAUAAUUUUUACUUAAUGGCUAAUUUACUAUAACCAAGUAAAAUCUUACAACCAUAAGCUUUCUCUUUUAAAAACACUAAUAAGACUUGAAUAGAGAAGAAUGUCAAGUCAAGAAGACCUCUCUAUCUAAAUCCUCAAAAUUUCAUUGACAAUAAUAAAGUUGAUUAACAUGGAACAUUAAAUGGA